AAGUGGAACUAAGCAAGAUACAGGGACUUCGAGCUCGAAUCUGGCCGGCAGAAUAAAAAAAAGUUCAUGCUUCGAGGCUCAGCCAGAUGAAGUCGAAGUAUCGCGACAGUACACGCAUACUCGAAUGAGGUAUAUCUGUCUGAAGCCCAACACCAAUCCAGUUGCAUAUAUACAGCUUUAAUUAACGCCAUUCCUGGUUCGUCCGCUACUGUACGGCUACGUACCACCUUUGCGGUGACGGCUGCGGCGCACGUGCAACAAUGGACAUUCAUCGCAUCAGAUAUGUCCCUUAUAAUCCGGCGCCCAUCAACUGCGUUGCAUUUUCCCAGUCGGUCGCGUCCAAGAAGAAUGGGCCUGUGCGCCUAGCUAUUGGCCGUGCUUCCGGUGAUAUUGAGAUAUGGUGCCCUCUCAACGGCUCGUGGCAUCAGGAAACAAUCAUUCGCGGAGGGAAAAAUCGCACAGUCGAUGGGCUGGUUUGGGUAACGGAGCCUGACCAGAUUCUCCCAGAUGGCAAGAGAAUUCCCGGCCGCUUGAGGCUAUUUAGCUUCGGCUACUCGAGCACCGUCACUGAGUGGGAUCUCGAAAAGGGCCGCCCGAAACACCAAUCCAGCGGUACCCAUAGUGAUAUAUGGUGUCUCGGCGUCCAGCCGUUCAUAAUUCAAGGAAAGAAUGGCGAUACCAGCAAAACUAAGGUCUACCACACCGGCAAAAAACUCGUCGCAGGUACCAUGGAUGGGAGCCUAGUCCUGUAUGACAUCGAUGAUGGCGAGCUUCGUUAUGAUCGUGUCCUUGCGAGAUCGUCUUCCAAGAAGAUUAAGAUGGUCAGCAUUGCUUUCAAAGACCGCAACACUGUCGUAGUCGGCACCUCCCAAAGCUGUAUCCUUGUCUACGAUAUGCGAACCGGCGCGACACUCGCGAAGAUGACUUUAGGCUCAGAUCUUGUUAGUGGUGCUAAGGAGAUCAUCGCCUGGUGCGUGAAGUGCCUAGACGGAGGGGACAUCGUGUCUGGUGAUUCGACUGGCGAGCUUCGUAUAUGGGAUGGAAAAACCUACACGCAAGCCCAGAGGCUCAAAGCCCAUAGCUCUGAUGUUCUCUCUCUUGUUACGAGUGCUGAUGGCUCCACUAUUGUGACUGGUGGUAUGGAUCGUCGAACCGCUGUUUAUAGGAAGACCAGUGGGUCCGGGUCCAGAUGGGCCAAGAUAUUUCACCGGAGAUUUCACCACCAUGAUGUCAAGACAAUGGCCUCGUUUGAGGGCCACGGCAUGAGUGUAGUGGUUUCCGGGGGGCCCGAUGCGACACCUGUUGUGAUGCCCCUCCAAAAAGCUGGCAUAGAGGAGCACCGCACCUUAUCUUCGUUGCCUCAAGACGCGCCCCUGAAAGGUGCAUAUAACAGUCGAUUAAUCAUUAGUUGGUGGAAUCGCGAAGUGUCUAUUUGGCGACUUCCACAAUCAGUGGAGGGCUUAACGGAUCAAUCCAAUAAUGACCAAGACGUUACUCAGAACCGGAAACUUAUAGCUCGUGUCUUAAUAAAAGGAGAAGCAAACAUUACAUCUGCAUCCAUUAACGCCGAUGGAUCUUUGCUCGUCGUCUCAACCACCUCUGAUAUCAAAGCAUUCCAUCUGCAACCUCGGCAUGGAACGCGGUGGGAUGAACUCAAGAUAUCGAAAAUUGAGUUUGGAGAGCGUGUCUCAGCCCUGGGUGCCACGAAAACAUUGAUAUCUCCAGAUAGCAAGUGGUUAUGCCUGGUACAGACUGGUGGUACCGUGUCACUUUUACGCAUCCGACAGUCCUCUAAUUCCUCAGAGAUGACUAUAAUUCAUCCUAGAGCUGUUCGAUUACAACGCAUUAGGCGCCAGGCCCCAAAGCAAAGUACUAUGGGUGGACUAGGAGGCUAUGACAGGACUAUCACGCAGGCAGCCUUCUCUCCAGACAGUCAGAUGUUGGCCGUUGCGGACCUUGCAGGAUACAUUGACACAUGGAUUCUAGUCGACUCGACGAAUAAGUUGCAGAACCGAGCCCGUGAUGCAGAUAAGAUCGACGAGGAUAUAACUUCCGACGAUGACUCCUCGGACAGCGAUGACGAUCAAGAUACAGGGAUGGAAGGUGUUCGAUGGAGACAGAAUCCCAAUGCCUCGUUAAUACCGAGGCUCCACGCUGCUCCUACAGUUCUAUCGUUUUCUGAUCAUAUUCCUUCUAAGCCCAUAACAACAGAAAAUGACGAAACAGAUGACUAUAUUUUACUUGCCAUUACGUCCAAACCCCAAAUUGUCCUUUUACAUCCUACCCUUGGAUGCAUCACAUCAUGGUCCAGGCGCAACCCUAUCUCACGAUUUCCUUCUGAAUUCCGCGAUAUUCGGGACCUCGUUAAAGGGGCGCUCUGGAAAGGUGACAGAGUUUGGUUGUACGGAAACACGUAUCUCUUUAUGAUUGAUACAGCACAAGAUUUCAAUGAGUCGGCGUCUGAUGGACCGAGCACAGGGAGUGAAUUAGUAGCGCAGGGAAGAAAACGAAAACGAGGUCCUGACAGUGGUGCUGGUAACAAGAUGAAGAAUGGGGCGGUCGGCCCCACGAAAGUAUUGCGCCAUGUGCAAGGUGGUGAGACAGAAGAGCUAUCCACCGACGGGCCAGUUCUCGAUCCGAUGGACGAGGAUGCGGAAAGUCAAGACACAAGAGAUGAUGAGAGUGAUGAGUCUGAUGAUGAAAAUCAAAGCGAACUAGCUCUUCUUCGGGGCACUCAAGGCAAGCCUGCACUAGAAUCUCAAUCCAGCAGCGGCCCUGCCUUUUGGUACACAUUUAAAUAUAGGCCAAUCCUAGGCAUCGUACCAUUAGGCGAUCGGGCAGAAGAAGCACGGAAUGGAACUUCUAUGCAGGUUACAUUGGCUAGUACAAAACCAAAGGCGCUUGAAGUGGCCCUUGUCGAAAGACCCUUAUUCGACGUGGAUUUACCUGAGAGGUAUUCUGGAGAAGGCGAAUUCCAGCGUUAACGGUUAUAUAGUUGUUUAAUAGAAUCAUCAGUGUACAGUUUCGAGAUUUCUGCAUUUUGACAGGCAUGUCUGUCGUUCUCUAAGAUCCAGGGCGCAGCCCACGUCAUCGAUGCCAUUUACUGA